UCGCUUCAAGUCACAACAAGCCGCCCACUCAAUUUCAAAGAUGUUCAAGUUUUUCGCUCUCUGCCUAUUCGCCGUCGUCGCUCUGGCUGCUGCCAAGCCUCAGUUCCUGGCCACCAGCUAUGCUGCCGCUCCAGUGGUCGCUGCCUCGCCCUAUGCCGCCUACACUAGCGGCGUCUAUGCUGCGCCUUAUGCUGCCGCCUAUACCAACGGCUAUUAUGCAUCGCCCUAUGCUGCGUACAGCGCUUAUCCCUACAGCUCACUGUACUACAGACGCUAAACGUUUUAAAAGCGAAUGCACACUGUGUUGAAAUCCUGAUUGUUGACAACUUAAUGAACAAAUAAAAACGAAAAUACGCAAACUAUGCGCAGUCA